AUGUUCAGACAAAGCUGCAGUCACUGGAGGUCAGCUUCCUCCCCCGGCUGUCUGCCCUGGAUCUCUGGCUUCUUGUUAUGCACUGCUACUCUCUUGAGCACAGAAUUGAGAUGUAUGCAAGGGAUGCAGGUGACAUCCAUGGGCCCACAGACCAUCCAGAAGGCUGAGGGGGAGAGCGUGACUUUGAGCUGCAGCUACACACUGAGCCCCUUUGACACUGGAGAACUUGACAUUGAAUGGUCUGUGGUCAGUCCAGACACCACGCGGAAAGAUCAGAUGCUAAUGUCCUAUACCAGCGGGACUGAAUACCUCCAUGGUAACAACGCUCUGGCAAAAGGGCUCAGAUUUGCUGCUCGUGACCCCUCAAUGGGUGACGCUUCACUCUCAAUCUCUCCACUGUCACCUGCUCAUAGUGCUACCUACCAAUGUAAAGUGAUGAAAUCACCUGGAGUGGACAUGCAUAGGGUGUCACUGGUGGUACUGGUGAAGCCGUCUGUGCCUAAGUGCUGGGUGGAGGGAGGGGAACUGGUGGGCGAGACUGUGGCUCUGCACUGCCAAUCUGCAAAAGGCUCCACUCCCUUAAAAUACUCUUGGAGGAGAGAAAGUGCAGGCCCCAUCCCCGCUACAGCCACACAGAACAGUGUAACCGGGGAGCUGAAAAUCAGCAACCACUCGCAGAGCUUUGCAGGAAUCUACGUUUGUGAGGUGAACAAUGCUGUUGGAGCCGAACACUGCAGGAUCAACCUGAAAGCGAACAAUCCUCCAAACAGAGCAGCGGUGAUAGUUGGCACCGUUGUGGGUUCUCUGCUACUCAUCUUCAUCCUGCUGGUCAUCAUCGGGCUUCUUUCCCAGAAGUUGAGCAACAGAUAUUGCUAUGAGAAAGAGUUCUCCAAUGAGAUCAGGGAGGACGUUCCGCCUCCUGACAGCCACCCGGUCAGUCGCAUUACGAGCUGGAAUGCCAGUCAACACCCACAGGUGACGUACUUUCAGGUGGACGGGACCAAAGUGAGCUCUUUCAUUGAAGGACGCACACCCCCUCCUUUGAGCAAAAGCUGCACACCAGUCGAAUAUGACAACAAGUACGGAUACGCAGUGUGA